AUGGCCGACAGGUUGAAACAAGUGACUGGUCACCUCACCAACUCGUACGGCCGGGGGCUUCUCGCCGGGGAAGUAGCCAUCGUGACCGGAGCAGCGCAAGGGAUUGGUCGGUCGACCGCGUUGUUGUUCGCGAAGGAGGGAGCGAGGGUAGUGGUCAGCGACCUUGACGGAGCAAAGGCGCAAGCUGUGGUGGACGAAAUCAAGGCUGCUGGCGGAGAAGCCAUUGCCGUUGCCGGAGACGUGGGCGCGGAUGACUUCCCGAAAGUCAUACUGCACGCAACAAUCAGCAAGUACGGCAAACUGAACCACAUUGUCAACAACGCUGGAUUCACAUUUGACAAGAUGUUGCACACGAUGCCGGACGAAGCGUACGACAUCAUCAUGAAGAUUCACGUUCGCGCGCCCUUCCGCCUCAUCCGCGCCGCCGCGCCUUACCUACGCAUCAAGGCCACCGAGGGCGCUACCCCGGAGAACCGAUCGAUCGUGAACGUGUCCUCCACCUCGGGAUUGCACGGAAACGUCGGCCAGGCGAACUACGCGGCCGCUAAGGCGGCCGUGAUCGGCCUGACGAAGACGGUCGCGAAGGAGUGGGGCCCCUUCGGCGUGCGCGCGAACACGAUUGCCUUCGGCCGCGUAGACACACGCCUUACGCGCGCGAAGGAGGACGGCGCGAGCAUCGAAAUUGGCGGCAAGAGCGUCGCGCUUGGUAUACCGGCGAAGCUGGCGAACAGCAGCGGCGCGAUGGUAGGCAUCCCGCUGGGAAGGGGUGCGAGCCCAGACGAGGCUGCAGGGGCGAUGUUAUUCUUGGUCUCGCCUCUGGCUUCGUUCGUAACGGGUCACACGCUGGAGGUCACUGGAGGGGCAGGCAUUUGA